AUUAUCAAUAGGCCUACAAUACAACGUGUUUUUAUAGCGCAGUAUCACAAAUGAAGUUAUCUCGGCGCUUUCAAAAUACACACUCAAACACAACACAUUCCCUCAUUCACACACCUGAAGGAGUCUUAUAAACGGCCCUGGAAGGAGUGCAGUCAUAUCGCCACCCCGUGGACAUCAGGACAGCCAACACAAUACAGACUUAAAUAAUGUGCGCCUGCGUUUGUGUAUCUUUGUGGUUUUGAUUUUUUUUACCGAGGGGGCUGAAAUGCAUUAGGCCUAUCUGACCUGUUUUGCAUUUUUGUAGGCUAUACUGACACACUCAUCAUUUAGCAUAUUGUACCAAAAACAGGGCUGAUGAUAGGCCUACUAAGAAAUAAAUAUGAAGAGUUGUCUUCCACAAUUAUGUCAUCGUCAUAGGGGUGUGCCCUUGCUCGGAUAGCCUAGUAGCCCACUGCACUGCUUUCACUUUCCAGUGUUUAGCGUUGCUUUAAGAAUGUAGACCAUGCAACGAUUGUGCUUUAACAGAUCAGACAUUGCAACUUGGGUCUUCACAGUGACGUUUAGAAUAUGUUCGGAUUGUGCUCACGGGAGGGGCUGAUAAAAUAAUUGUCAUAUUAUGGCCAUUCAGCUGUUCUUGACUGUCACUCAAUAAAGUUUAACAUAAACAUUAUACCAGCCUAUCGUUUCCUUUCUUCUUCUAAAUCCCACCCAGAGGACUGACCUGUUGCGGAAGCAGCGUAGUCAGAGUUGGAAAUUACGAAUGUGUCUUAUUUAAACCCAACCCAAGUCAGUGAAGGAAAACAUCUGUUUGCGCAGCCAACCACUUGGGCAUGGAGCAACAAUGAGGUGCUGUACUGCGUGAAUGGUUUCCCAGGGCAGCUCUGAGACCUCCCUGUCCUGUUGCUGCUGAGGUGAACUUCUAGUGGAAGCCAUGAGGACGUUCCAGCCAGCAGCGGUGGUGAUGCUGGCCGUGUCCCUGUUGGUGUUGUGGAAGACAGGCCUGGGUCUCACGUGCAAUCCCUCUGAGUAUGAAGUGGACGGGAGGUGCUGUGAGAUGUGUAACCCUGGGUAUUAUGUGCUCAGCCGCUGUGCAGAGUCCACUAACACCACAUGCUCUCCCUGUCCUGCAUCUACCUUCACGGACACACAGAAUGGACUGGAGGCGUGUAGCAUGUGUGGAGUGUGUGACUCCAGUGCUGGUCUAAGCCUGAAGAGGGAGUGCAGCUCCACCUCAGACACACUCUGUGAGCCUCUGGAAGGACACUACUGCACUGAUCCAAUCGCAGAUGGCUGCAGAGGAGCUGUGGAACACAGCAAGUGUAACCCAGGACAGUAUAUCCAACAGCAAGGCACCGCAUCUACAGAUACUGUGUGCGCUAACUGCAGCAAGGGCGAGUUCUCUGACGGGACGUAUUUACAUUCUUGCAAACCACACACACUCUGUGAAUCGUUGGACCUUGAAGUGGUGACAGAAGGAACACCUUCCCAUGACACCGUCUGUGGGGAGAAAAGUGGCAACGGCCUUCUCAUAUUUGGGAUCGUCGCAGCGGUCAUCAUAUUCAUAGUGGCCUUUGGCUGUGUGUAUAAGAUCUGCGAUCAUUAUAACAUCAGGCUCUGUAAAAUCCCCCGGAUCUUCAUGUGGUGAUCUGGGAAGUGACCUCUGAAACACACCUCUUCUUUCCAAGGCCUCUAUAGUGUUUUUUUGCAGUCUGGAUAGAUAGCUGCAGAUUUUAUGUAUAUUUUUCUAUAUGUUAUACCAAAUAGCCAGGUUGCCUAUACCAAAUGUGUACAAAAGUGUCACCACUCAAUUCCAUUUCACUCUGACAGCUACAGUAGGUCAGGAACCACAGCUAGCGUACACUAGUCACUUGGACCAGGAAGUCGUAGGCCAAUCAAAACAGCGGUUUCCAAGCUGCCAAUCACAAAGGGAAUGAAACCAGCUGGCGCACCGGGCUCCCAAUCAGAAGCAUUGAUGGGAAAACUUCAAAAAGUCCAUUCUUUCAAGUCCAUUCUGCACUCCCAUCUGUUAAUA